GGGGAAAACAGUGUCGCUUUACUAUUAUUUUCUAGAUAAAUAAUAUUUAUUGAGGAAAAUGAUAUUUCUAUUGUGUUUUAUAACUUGUAUGAAUUUCAUUACAUCAAAUCCAACGACACAAUCAGAUUACCUUCUACAAGAAGAAGCUCAUACGACAAUCUCAGAUUCUAACGAACAUUUGACUGGGGAGUUUACAGUUACUGAAAUGUCAUCUACAUCAAUGGAUUCUGAACCCAUUAUAAAAUCUGACCAUGAUACUUCAUCGGUUGAAGAAAUUACUUCAAAUCAACCGGACGAAACAACCACUGAAUCUGAUGAACCUGUGUUCGACAAUAAUCAACACAACGGUGAUGAAGGAAAUGAUGCAGAGCAUAAUUUAGACGUCACAAAAGAUAGACAUCAAUCAUCUGAACAACAUAAUGAUAACCAAGAAAAUCAUGAGGACGACCAUGAAAACGAUCACAAACAUGAACAAGAGCAUGAUUACGAACAUCAUCAUGAACACGAAAACGACUACAACAAGGCAGACAUACAUAAAAGAACCAGAGGUAAACAUUCUGACUCAACUAAUCCAAAAAACGUCAAUAAGUUAUAAUAAUGUGGAUAAUAAUCUAAAUAAUGUGAGUACAAAUAAAAGAAAUAAUUAAGUUUCUAUGUGUAUAUGUGUGUGUAUGCAUUGACUUUACACCUCUAUACACCACCCUAUCGCACCCUACCCCACCCUCUAUAACUAUAUUGUUUUUCUAUAUUGUUUUACAAAAUAUAAAAAGUUUUAUUUCAUUUGAAUUCAUAAAAUUUAUUGUCAAUUAUUUAAUUGUAAAAUUAUUUAUAAAAUUGUUAUUUCAAUUUUUCAUUUUAUUAUUUAAUUCAUAAUUUAAUUCAUUAAUUAUAAAUUUUUUUUUUGUUUCUUCAUAUCGAAUAUUUAAUCAUUAUCAUUUUAUCAAUGUGUCAAAUUAUAUUGUCACCAUUUUUUUUUUCGUUUUUUUUGUUGUUGUUAAAAAUGUACACUUUCAUAAUAUUGUUUACAUUAACUUUAAGAUUUAAUUUCUAAUAGUUAGUUAGUUAGUUAUAAUUGUUUCUAAGUAAAUAAAUCACCGU